AUGGAGGAGAAAAGGCAGUCUGGGGAUUCUCUAGGUACUGGUGUAGCUGAAAUUCAUGAAAAUGAAAGAGGAGGUGCGCCGAAUCCUUUAGGCAGAGGCCAUCUUCAACUCUAUGCUCUUUGCGCUUUGGUCUACUUGUGCUCUACAAUGAACGGAUAUGAUGGCUCACUCAUGGGCUCAAUCAACAGUCUUCCGGAGUAUUUGAACUAUUACCACCAAGAGCAGGCCAGUGCUUCUACUGGCCUUGUCUUCUCGAUCUUUCAGAUUGCUCAGAUGAUCGCAUCUCUGUUCGUGUGGAUUUGUGACUGGAGAGGGAGAAAACCGUGUAUUGUAUUUAGCUGUGUGGGCGUUUGUGCAGGGGCGGUUUUCACUGCUCUAGCUCCAACGCUUCCAGCAUUCAUUGGUGCCCGGUUCAUGUUGAGUUUCUUCUCUACAAUAGCAUGCGUUGCGGCGCCUCUACUCCUUGUAGAAAUUGCUCCACCUUUGUAUAGAGGAACUGUUGCAGGGACAUACAAUACGUUAUAUUAUAUGGGGUAUGUGUCCGCACCCAUUAGCACGAUCUACGGGUGCAAUUUACAUGUCACGGGCAAUCUGAAAUGGCGCCUUCCACUAUGGCUUCAGAUGCUUUGCCCAGGAAUUGUCGUUCUUGGAGGUUGGUUUCUGCCAGAAAGCCCGCGAUGGCUUGUAGCAAAGGGCCGCAUUGACGAGGCGAAGGCAUUCAUUGUUAAGUAUCACGCAAAUGGGGAUGUGGGACACCCGAUCGUGGACAUCGAAAUGCGCGAAAUCCAGGAUUCGCUUGAAGAAGGCGGCAUACGAUCAGCCCGGGAUUAUUUCGACCUCAGGACGCUCGUCAAGAAGCGGUCAUCCCGUUAUCGACUUAUGCUUGUGGUGGCGAUGGCAUGGUUUGGUCAAUUCUCUGGAAACAAUAUUGCUUCGUACUAUCUGCCGCUUCUUGUGAAGAAUGUUGGAAUCACCAACACAAAUACGGUUUUGUUGCUAAACGCAAUAUAUGCAGUUACUGGCUGGAUUUCAGCAACCGCUGGAGCACAUUUCCAUGACGUCUGGGGCCGACGCAAAAUGCUGCUCGGAUCUUGCAUUGGCAUGGCCAUCAGUCUUGCAAUAGUUGCCAGUACUGCAGCUGAAUAUGUUCAUUCGGGGAGCGUGCCGUCCAGCUCGGCCUCAAUUGCCUUCAUUUAUAUUUUUGGCGUCGUUUUUGCUUUCUCGUACACGCCCAUGCAGCCAAUAUAUCCAGCCGAAGUGCUUUCAAACAACGUUCGAGCCAACGGAAUGAUGAUAUUCCAGAUCACUGCUGGUUGCUCCAGCUUCGUCAACACAUUUGCCGCGCCUGUCGCUCUACAAAAUAUUGGAUACUGGUUUUACGUAUUUUUUGUUUUGUGGGACCUUUUCGAAGCAGCCUUCAUCUAUCUUUUCUUCGUCGAGACUAAAGGUCGUACUCUGGAGGAGCUCGAUGAGGUAUUUGAAGCGAAGAAUCCAAGAAAGGCCAGUACACGCAAACUUGCCGCUUGAGAAGAGUCUAGGGAAGAACCAUUUCCAUUCUUUCCGUCAUUUGGUGACUUGAGUUUCUCACCUCCAUACCGAAUCUUCCUUUUGGCACCAACACUGUUAAGGCGAGUCGUG